GGUUUAGUAUUCUAUUCGUUGACCUUUGAUAUUUUUCAUUCAGACAGAGGAGAGAGAGAGAAACAGAAUUAAAAAGCAGCAUGUUCCUUGCUUUUUCUCUCCCACGAAGAAAAAGUCAUCUCCUUCUUCAAUCUCUCUCCCCCUUUAUAAACUAUCAUUCUCAACUGUUUACAGUCACACCAUCAACAACAAUCAACAUGGCUUCUCAAACUCCAUUUCUCUCCAUCUCCAUCUCCCUCGCCCUCGCCGCCUUUCUCUUCUUCAUUACAGUCUCCGCAGAUCCCGACAUGCUCCAAGACCUCUGUGUCGCUGAUCUCUCCUCCGGAAUCAAAGUCAACGGCUUCCCUUGCAAAGACGCAGCCAACGUCACAUCGCUCGAUUUCUUCUCGCAAGGAAUAGCGAAUCCAGGCCUCACCAACAACACGUUCGGUGCCUUGGUCACAGGCGCGAACGUGAUGACCAUCCCUGGACUCAACACGCUCGGCGUCUCCCUCGCUCGCAUCGACUACGCUCCAGGCGGCUUAAACCCGCCUCACACUCACCCGCGCGCCACCGAAGUCGUCUACGUCCUCGAAGGAACACUCGACGUCGGGUUCCUCACGACGGCCAACAAGCUCAUCGCUCAGUCUCUCAAGAAAGGUGACGUCUUUGCUUUCCCCAAAGGACUUGUUCAUUUCCAGAAGAACAAUGGUCGUGUCCCUGCUUCUGUUGUAGCUGCUUUUAAUAGCCAGCUUCCUGGGACUCAGUCUCUUGGUGCUACUUUGUUCGGUUCUACGCCUCCUGUUCCUGAUAGUGUCUUGGCUCAAGCGUUUCAGACGUCUCCGGGGACUGUUAAACACAUCAAAACCAAGUUCCAACCCAAGAAGUGAUGAUGAUCUUCUUAAUUACAGGUUUUGUUUUUCUAAAAAAAGAAUAUCUUUGUGUAAUAAAACCAAUUAACUGAUAUUUGAGUGUGCAUUUGAGCUUUCGUUGUCUCAUGUAUUAUCUUCUUUGUCUUUUUUUAUGAGUUCCACUGAUGUUUUGAUCUUAUUUUGAAAACUUACAAAAAAGCAGGUAAGCCUACU